GAGGAAACAUGCCUUCAUCCCAGUCCUGAUGUAAGGGAUGAGCCUUUGGAAAUCAGGGCCUCCUUCCUCCUAGUGCCUCCAAGGGUGACCGUGCUCCCCAAGUCUCCAGUGGAGCUGGGCCAGCCCAACAUCCUCAUCUGCAUCGUGGACAACAUCUUCCCCCCUGUAAUCAACAUCACCUGGUUACGCAAUGGGCACGAGAUCACCGAGGGGGUGUCCCAGACCAGCUUCUACUCCCAGCCUGACCAUUUGUUUCGCAAGUUCCAGUACCUGACCUUCGUGCCCUCAGCCAAGGAUGCCUAUGACUGCAAGGUGGAGCACUGGGGCCUGGACGGGCCGCUCCUCAAGCACUGGGAGCCCCCAGUGCCAACCUUGCUGCCAAACACCGCAGAGACUCUCGUCUGUGCCUUGGGCCUGACCGCUGGCCUGCUGGGCUUCCUCGUAGGCACCUUCCUCAUCAUCACAAGCACACGUCUGCCCAAUGGCCCCAGAUAAUGAUCCUUCUGAAGCAAACCAAUUGUAGGAAACAGCCUGCUAUUUCCUUGCAGGAUUUUAACAACCCUUGCAUGCAUGCUCAGUGACACAGUCUACUCUGUAUACCCUACUGUGCUGACUUUGAAUGGGAUUGACCUCUGUCCUAUAGGUCACCUCCUUCUGACCCCAGGACUCAUGGUAGGACAUGCAGGGCACCAACUACCUCCCCUUCUGACCAUGGCAUGCACAUACACACACAUACACACACACACAAUCCUUGCUUUACCCAAGGCUCUGGAUAGCAGCACUAACUUUUCCAAUGGUGUUUGCACUGUAUCCUUUUUGCCAGGUCUUGGCCAGCUAUCCCAGGGUGUGUGAGAUGCUGGGACCUGGAAGAGGGGUCCUGGGUGACCAAUGAGCAUGACCACGUGGACUGGAGAUUUGUAACUAAGUAACAAUGUGUAUUAUUUUGUGAAUGGGUCAUUUCACAAAGACUUCUCAGAAUCUGCUUCCUGAAUUAAGAUUUGCCUUGCAAUGGAUGAAAAAGUAUUCUGUCCUUUGUAAUUCCCUCAACUUAGGACAGUCCUGAAGGCACUUGGAAAGGGAAGGUUCAUGGGGAUUCCACUCCUAUCUGGAUUUAUUCUGUAUGACGAAGCCACUGGCGUCCAGCUAUGUUCUACAUCAUCUCCUUUUCAACAUUUCCUGAAGGCCCAUGCAUGACAGAGAGAAGUCCAAGGCUUAGAAAAGAUGCUACUUCCCUCAAUGGGGUCAAUUAUAUCAGGUAUGGGGGUAGCAGAGUAGACCUGGAAGAUGUGUGGUAGGAGAGGAGCUCUAAGAGAGUUCCAUGUGAACAUUUUCUAAUUACGUGGCCCGGGAGAUUUUAGUUUACUGCAAAAAAAAAAAAAAAAAAAAA